AUGCUGCUGGAAGAUGACGCCCUUGUGGUUCCCGAAUUCGCCAGGAUGAUGACGUCACUUAUGAGGCAACUGGAUAGUCGACCUUACAUCGACUACGUGAAACUGUACCAUCCAAACCCACUGCGCAAAAUACCUUCCAUUCCGAUGGCAAUAGCAUUACCGCUGAUUUUUUGUUACACCUGCCAAAUUAUUUUCUUCCAACGGGUAUAUUUAUUAUGGUUACUGGUCACCUCCGCUCUCAUGUGUGCAAUUCUUCGCUCAUAUCACUACCAGCUCCUGGCCGAUGUGCGCUAUGCUAUCACGAAGUCGGUCUACAUGAGCUCAACUGAGUCCUGCUGUACGCCAGCGGUUGUGUUUCGAACGCAGAAAAUCAGGGAAAUCGUUUCCAAAUUAUCAGAAGUGUCCAGUAGACGAGCAUUCGACGGCCAUGCAAAGGACCAUAUCCUGGACGAAUCAGGGUUCGUCGGGCGGCAAACGGACACCAACCUCGUGGUUCAUAUAGGAGCUGUAAGCUCAGUGCGUAAACGGAUCGUCACUCUCAGUGAAGUUGUCGCAGCGAGAAAUCGCGACCACUAG